AUGGGCAAACGCGCGUCCUCUCCCGUCGGCGAGCGCCCAGCAGCCAAGUCGGCGGUGGCCCCGGCACAGACUGAGCGUGCGGCAGCGGAGCAGGACGGAAUGGGCGAGUUCGAGGACCAGUGGGAGGACGAGUUCGAGGACGAUGAGGAGGCGGGGGAAGUCGUUGAUGCGGCUGAGAACGAGGACGGCGAGGAUGGCGAGAUGGAAGUCGACGAGCAGGAACAGCGACCAGCUUCGCCCAAGCCUUACCUCCCUGGCACCAAGCUCGAGGAGGGCGAGUUCCUCGCUCCGGACUUGUCGACCUAUCCUCUCCUUCACUCGUUCGUCCCAACCUGGCCCAGUCUUUCCUUCGAUAUCCUUCGCGACAACGACGGCGAGGAGCGCCGAGGGUACCCGGUGUCGUGUGCGCUUGUUGCCGGCACUCAGGCUGGCGACCCGACUGCGAACGAGGUUACGGUCAUGCGGUGGGAAGGCUUGGGCAAGACGAGGCGGGAUCCUGAGGAGUCGGAUGGCGAAGACUCGGACGACGAUGACACGGAGGACGACCCUGUCCUCACAUUCCGCGCCAUCCCGCACAAGGGCGGCGUCAACCGCAUUCGCGCACGACCACUCGGCAACCCUCUCUCGCAGGGUCCUCCCCUUCCUCCCGACCCCUACCACGUCGCCACUUUCUCUGAGACCGGCAAGGUCCACAUCUUCGACAUCGCUCCUCAUCUCAACUCGCUCCUCUCUCCCGCCACUGCUUCUGCCUCACUCUCGAAGACUCCCCUCCACACCGUCGACAACCACAGCCGCGCCGAAGGAUUCGCUCUCGACUGGUCCAAGCCGUCUGGCUCGUCCACCUCGCACCGUCUCUUGUCCGGCGACAUCUACUCCAAGAUCUACCUCACCACGCUCUCUCCCUCGUCCAUCACCACCUCGCCCAAACCCUUCUCCUCGCACACCGACUCGGUCGAGGACAUCCAGUGGUCUCCGCAAGAAGCCACCGUCUUCGCAUCGUGCUCGGCGGAUCGGAGUAUUCACGUCUGGGACAUCCGCAUGAAGGAGCGCAAGUCGGCGAUCGGUGUUGCCGGCGCUCACAGCAGCGAUGUCAACGUGAUCAGCUGGAACCUCUCGACGCAGUACUUGCUCGCGUCCGGCGGCGACGAGGGAGGCAUCAAGGUCUGGGACCUGCGAAAUUUCAAGGGCACCUCGGCUCCCGCUCCUACCCCCGUCGUCCACUUCUCCUGGCACACCGCGCCCAUCACCUCCAUCGAAUGGCACCCGACCGACGAGUCGUGUCUCGCAGCUGCAGGCGCCGACGACCAGGUCACCCUGUGGGACCUCUCGGUCGAGGAGGACGAGGACGAGCGGCCGACUGGACCGGACGCCGACCGUCUGCGGGACGUCCCGGCGCAGCUGUUGUUCUGCCACCAGGGCCAGUCGGACGUCAAGGAGGUUCACUGGCACCCGCAGAUCCCCGGAACGGUCGUCUCGACGGCGGCGGACGGCUUCAACAUCUUCAAGUCGUUGCCGUUCUCGAGCUGA